AUGACACGCAUGCGGGACAAUUUAGUCACUAGCUUACGAUUCACUCGAAUACGUGAUUACGAACUGGCCUGGGUAGAGGCGGAUCUCAUUCUCCCUGCUACUUCGGAUACACAGAUGUCCAACUCAGCUGACCUAGAUGGUGCUGAGUGUACAGUGGCCAGCAUGCGACGCGAUCAACUAGCCAAGAAAGAUUCUCUUCCCGUGUUAGUUGCUCCCGAGGGUCCUGUUGGCCGACACAAGACGGUGUUUCUUGCUCUUUUUAUUUUUUAA